AAUUUAUUUAAUUCUAAUAAAAUAUUUUUUUUUUUUAUUUUAUUCUUUAGAACUUUAAUCUCUAUUUCAUCAAAUUCUUGAUUUGGAUGUUGAAUUGGAUUAGAAAUUAAUCUUUUAAGUUUUAUCCCCCUAAUUUCUAAUUCCAAUAAUUUAUUUUCAACAGAAGCCUCACUAAAAUAUUUUCUUACACAAUCAAUUGCAUCUUUAAAUUUUUUAUUUACAAUUUUAAUUAAAUUAACAUUAAUAAAAAAUUUUGAAAUAAAUAAUUUUUUAACUAUUAUAAUAAACUCUUCUAUAUUAAUAAAAAUAGGAAGAGUUCCAUUUCAUUUUUGAUUUCCUAAUAUUAUUGAAGGAUUAUCUUGAUUAAAUAGUUUUAUUUUAAUAACAUGACAAAAAAUUACACCUUUAAUUUUAAUAUCUUAUUAUAUAAAUAAUUAUUUUAUUAAUAUUAUUAUUAUUCUUAAUAUUAUUAUUGGAGCUAUUGGAGGAUUAAAUCAAACAUCAUUACGAAAAUUAAUAGCAUUUUCAUCAAUUAAUAACUUAGGUUGAAUAAUUAUAUCUAUUUCAAUUAGAGAAACCCUAUGAAUUUUCUAUUUUUCAAUAUAUUCUUUUAUAAUUAGUAUUUUAUGUUUCUUUUUUUAUAUUUUAAAUAUAUAUUUUAUUAAUCAAUUAUUUAUUAAUAAUAUAAAUUUUUUAAUUAAAAUUAAUAUUUUAAUUAAUUUUCUUUCUUUAGGUGGAUUGCCACCAUUUAUUGGAUUUUUCCCUAAAUGAAUUAUUAUUAAUUUUUUAAUUAAUAAUAAUAUAUAUUUAAUAACUUUUAUUUUUGUGAUAAUAAGAUUAAUUAUAUUAUUUUUUUAUAUUCGUAUUAGAUACUCAGCAAUUAUAUUUAACUAUAUAAAAAAUAAAUGAUUUAAAAUUUAUAUUAAAAAUAAAUAUUUUUUAUUUAUUAAUUUUUUUUCAUUUUUUUCUAUUACAGGAAUAAUUUUAAGAACGUUAUUUUUUUAUUAAGGUUUUAGGUUAAAUUAAACUAAUAAUCUUCAAAAUUAUUCAUAAAGAAAUUUUCUUUAAGCCUUAAUAGAAUUAUAUACUAUUCCUUAAAAUUUGCAAUUUUAUAUCAUUUUUGAAUAUAAGACUAUAAUAAAAGAGAAAAUUCUCGUAAAUAAAUUUACAAUUUAUCGCUUAUUUAACUCAGCCAUUUUAUUUUUAUAGCGAAAAUGACUUUAUUCAACAAAUCAUAAAGAUAUUGGAACAUUAUAUUUUAUUUUUGGAAUUUGAGCAGGAAUAGUAGGUACUUCUUUAAGUUUAUUAAUUCGAGCUGAAUUAGGAACUCCAGGAUCUUUAAUUGGAGAUGAUCAAAUUUAUAAUACUAUUGUAACAGCCCAUGCUUUUAUUAUAAUUUUUUUUAUAGUUAUACCAAUUAUAAUUGGAGGAUUUGGAAAUUGACUUGUACCUUUAAUAUUAGGAGCUCCUGAUAUAGCUUUCCCACGUAUAAAUAAUAUAAGUUUUUGACUUUUACCCCCAUCUUUAACUUUAUUAAUUUCUAGUAGCAUUGUAGAAAAUGGAGCAGGAACUGGAUGAACAGUUUACCCCCCCCUCUCCUCUAAUAUUGCUCAUGGUGGUAGUUCAGUAGAUUUAGCUAUUUUCUCACUUCAUUUAGCUGGAAUUUCAUCUAUUUUAGGAGCUAUUAACUUUAUUACCACUAUUAUUAAUAUACGAUUAAAUAAUUUAUCAUUUGAUCAAAUACCUUUAUUUAUUUGAGCUGUAGGUAUUACCGCAUUUUUAUUAUUAUUAUCUUUACCUGUUUUAGCUGGAGCUAUUACUAUAUUACUUACUGAUCGAAAUCUAAAUACAUCAUUUUUCGAUCCUGCAGGAGGAGGUGAUCCUAUUCUUUAUCAACAUUUAUUUUGAUUUUUUGGACAUCCUGAAGUAUAUAUUUUAAUUUUACCGGGAUUUGGUAUAAUUUCUCACAUUAUUUCUCAAGAAAGAGGUAAAAAGGAAACAUUUGGAUGUUUAGGUAUAAUUUAUGCUAUAUUAGCAAUUGGUUUAUUAGGAUUUAUUGUUUGAGCUCAUCAUAUAUUUACUGUAGGAAUAGAUAUUGAUACACGAGCAUAUUUUACAUCUGCAACAAUAAUUAUUGCUGUACCAACAGGUAUUAAAAUUUUUAGUUGAUUAGCUACUUUCCAUGGAACUCAAAUCAAUUAUUCCCCAUCUAUUUUAUGAAGAUUAGGAUUUGUAUUUUUAUUUACUGUAGGGGGAUUAACAGGUGUAAUUUUAUCUAAUUCUUCUAUUGAUAUUACUUUACAUGAUACUUACUAUGUAGUUGCUCAUUUCCACUAUGUUUUAUCAAUAGGAGCUGUAUUUGCUAUUUUAGGUGGAUUUAUUCACUGAUAUCCAUUAUUUACUGGAUUAUCUUUAAAUCCUUAUAUAUUAAAAAUUCAAUUUUUUAUUAUAUUUAUCGGAGUAAAUUUAACUUUCUUCCCACAACAUUUUUUAGGAUUAGCAGGUAUACCUCGUCGAUAUUCUGAUUAUCCUGAUUCUUAUAUUUCAUGAAAUAUUAUUUCAUCAUUAGGAUCAUAUAUUUCAUUAUUAGCAAUUAUAUUUAUAUUAAUUAUUAUUUGAGAAUCUAUAAUUAAUCAACGAAUUUCUUUAUUUACUUUAAAUUUAUCUUCUUCAAUUGAAUGAUAUCAAAAUUUACCACCAGCUGAACAUUCAUAUAAUGAAUUGCCUAUUUUAAGUAACUUCUAAUAUGGCAGAUUAUAUGUAAUGGAUUUAAACCCCAUUUAUAAAGGAAUUAUCCUUUUUUUAGAAAUGGCAACAUGAUCUAAUCUUAAUUUACAAAAUAGAGCAUCUCCUUUAAUAGAACAAAUUAUUUUCUUUCACGAUCACACUUUAAUUAUUUUAAUUAUAAUUACAAUUCUAGUAGGAUAUUUAAUAUCAAGCUUAUUAUUUAAUAAAUAUAUUAAUCGAUUUUUAUUAGAAGGUCAAAUAAUUGAAUUAAUUUGAACUAUUUUACCAGCAAUUACAUUAAUUUUUAUUGCAUUACCUUCACUACGAUUAUUAUAUUUAUUAGAUGAACUUAAUAAUCCUUUAAUUACAUUAAAAUCAAUUGGUCAUCAAUGAUAUUGAAGUUAUGAAUAUUCAGAUUUUCAUAAUAUUGAAUUUGAUUCUUAUAUAAUUUCUACAAAUGAUAUAUCAAGUAAUAAUUUUCGUUUAUUAGAUGUUGAUAAUCGAAUUAUUUUACCUAUGAAUAACCAAAUUCGAAUUAUAGUUACUGCUACUGAUGUAAUUCACUCAUGAACCGUCCCUUCAUUAGGAGUUAAAGUAGAUGCAAAUCCAGGUCGACUAAAUCAAACAAAUUUUUUCAUUAAUCGACCUGGAAUUUUUUAUGGUCAAUGUUCAGAAAUUUGUGGAGCUAAUCAUAGUUUUAUACCAAUUGUAAUUGAAAGAAUUUCAAUUAAAAAUUUUAUUAAUUGAAUUAAUAAUUAUUCUU